AUGCGGUGCAGUAAUCAGCGCUCUGUCUCUUCUUCUCUCUUACAGUACAUCCACAAGUUCCGCACCGCCGUCCUUGUUGUGCAAGUGAUUCGCAACCUCAUAAAAAUUUAUAGGGAUUACGCAGCCUCCAGGACGGAGCCCAUUUCCUUCAGCGAGUAUGUCGGCUUUGACACCGAGACUGAAAACCUUCUGUUUGACCGUUCCCUUUUCAAGGCCAAAAUGGAGAUGGUUCUUAGUUCGGAAGCGAAACAGAUCCUGACGAGCCCGCCAGAGAAGAGGACGGCGGAAGAAGCCAAGCUGGCCAUGCUAUCCCUGAGGAUGACGGUCAGCUCCUUCGCUGGAUAUCCUGUCCAUAUACAAGAGAAAAUAGCCAAGGUCGGCUGGUAUGAAUGUUUUGGGCCCGGAAGAGUCAUCAUAAGGCAAGGGCACGUUGCUCAAAACUUCUACCUGAUUCUCUCGGGCACGGCUGUAGUCACCAAAGUGUCACGCAGUAAGAAGACGGGGGAACAUUUUUCUAAGACGGUGGCCUUCUUGAAGAAAGGGAAGUACUUUGGGGACGUGGCCAUUUUGACUAACACCAAGAGAAACGCAACAGUGGUGUGCCAUGACGCUGUGUCCUUGCUUGCUAUAACUAGACAGGAUUUUCUGAACAUUUUCUUGAGCAGUGACUCCCAAGAAGGACCUGAUUACAUACGUUUGCUAGAAAGCAUUGAUCUUCUCAGUGGAUGGCCAGUUCAUAAGCUACCUUACAAUAACCCCAGAAUCUGCGUCCACACCUGCUACAGUUCAUCAUUAGAAAUGAGCGAAGUUUUGAAAAAUUCAAUUCCUUCGAGCUUCGACAAGAAAUUAGAUUAG